CUCUUUGAAGAGCAGUGACGACUUCUGAAAAAUGGAUAGUGUUACAUAAGGAUCACCAUGACGACCCUUUACAAGUACUUGGCCAAUGAGCUGACACGGGGCUAUGUCUUGGAGAAUGAUGAGGCCAAAUACACGGAGAAGCGAGAACGUGUCUACACAUUUGUUAAGAUUCCAAGAGAAGUGGAGAAGUUCAUGUUCUAUGGGUUCUUCCAAUGUGUGGACUCCUUCCUGUUCAUAUUUACAUUCCUGCCACUCAGAUUCCUCCUGGCUUUGCUCAAGAUACUCACACAUCCUUGCGGUGUCGUCAUAAAAGGGUCACGGCGAGUUCUGGAGCCGGCUCAAAUUAUAGACAUCCUGAAGGUUUUAAUAAUAUUAUGUGUGACUACAGUAUUAACGUAUGUGGACCUCUCUAUGAUGUAUCACAUCAUACGGGGACAGGCUGUCAUCAAGCUAUACAUAUUCUACAACAUGCUUGAGGUUGCUGAUCGACUGUUUUCUUCAUUUGGCCAAGACAUUUUGGAUGCUUUGUUCUGGACAGCUACGGAACCACGAAAUCGCAGGCGAGAACAUGUCGGUGUUUUACCCCAUCUAUUACUAGGGAUGGUCUAUGUCUUUUUACAUGGAAUACUGGUGCUAUUUCAAGCCACUACUCUGAAUGUUGCCUUUAACUCUCACAAUAAAGCGUUGCUCACAAUUAUGAUGUCAAAUAAUUUUGUUGAAUUGAAAGGAAGUGUGUUUAAAAAGUUUGAGAAGAAUAAUUUAUUUCAAAUGUCAUGCAGUGAUGUCAGAGAGAGGUUCCACAUGUACAUGCUGAUGUUUAUUGUUCUUGUACGCAACAUGACUGAGUUCUCAUGGAAGAUGGAUCAUCUGAUGGAACUCCUCCCUGAUGUUGCAGCUGUGCUCUUAGCAGAGUUCCUAGUGGACUGGGUGAAACACGCAUUCAUCACAAAGUUCAAUGAAAUCUCAACAGAAGUGUACAGAGAUUACACAGUUAGUUUGGCAUAUGACCUUCUUCAAAGUAGACAGAAAAAUGCCUAUUCUGACCAUGCUGACCUUGUGUCUCGACGCAUGGGCUUCAUCCCCCUCCCACUCGCCUGUUUGUUGGUGCGAAUUGUUAUACAGCUCUGGAACAUCUCCGGUUACUUCUGCAUCAUCAUCAUUAUCCUCUUUUAUUUAUGUUUAUGUACGUCAAAAAUUAUGAUUGGGAUUUUCCUUAUGGCCAGAGCUAUAACUCUUGUUGAUAGCAAGAAGAAAGAUGAUUUGCUGAAAAGCCCCGUGAAACAAGCCACUGCACCAGUUCCUGGGCCAUUAGUAACAGAAACAAGAAGAUCAAGCAAUGAGAGUAUAUCAUUUAGCGAGCCUCUAAGGCCCAAGCCUAGUCUUAAGAAAAGUAAAUCUAUAAGUGAUGUUAUGGAUCUGGAAACUGAAAACACUGAAAUCAGAAGAAGGUUAACUCAGAAUGUGACCUUUUGUGAGCUGGAAAGUAAAUUCCAUAAAGAUUCUCUUUCAAAUGAUAUAGACCCUGGGUCACCCGGUAUAGGGGAUCUUGAAAGGGCCCCUUCUAUGCUUUCUAAACCUAUGCUGUCUAACAGUUCUGUGAGUCUCAAUAGCAUUGGAUUAAAUGAAGAGUUUUUGAAUGAUUGUGGUGCUAAUGAUGUGACAGAUACGUCCAUAGUUAAAGAUGAUUCAUCCAUCAAAUUUAACAGUAGUUUGGAUAGUGAAGUUGAAUCUAUACAAAGAACAUUACCAGAGGAUCCCAUGUAUAUCUAUAAGAAAAAAUAUCCAGAAAAACCGCUGUCAGAUGUUGAACGCUACACACUGUGUAGCAAUAGGAUAGUUUGAAAGAUCUAUCUAAAAUAAUUCAGCAUUAUUACAAAGCGUUCUAUAAUGAGAAUCAUGAAAGAGGCUAUAGCAUCAUAUUUUUCUUGAUAAUUGCAUUCUUAUUUUAUUCACCUUUACCUGAGACGGGACCUGAGAUAUGAUACAAUUGACAGAAUUCUCUUAAAGGUUAUCCAUAGCCAUUAGCCUUGAUUGUGUCCAUUAUUAUUAGGGUAAUGACACAAUUUGUUAAGAUAGUAAAGUAGAAUGACUUCAGGCCCGCGGCUAACCCCUGAGCCCCCUCCCAUGACCAAAAAUUCUUUCAAAAUCAUGAUAUAACUUGUUCAAUGUUAACCCC